UCUAAUCAUCAAUUUAUGUGUGUUCCCUUCCCCCACAACAAAACUAGCGAGAGAGAAGAAAGCAAACAUCGCCACAUUCACUUUGUCUCUCCCUCCCUCUCGCUCUACACAUUUCAGGACACAAUGGCCGCCACGGUGAAACAGAUGUCCUUGAUUGUGUCAGCGUUUGGCGUCGCGUCUUUCUUUUUCGGGGUUAUUGCAGAAAACAAGAAGCCUGCAGCGGGAACACCAGUACGUGGUAAUGACGGUGUCUCUGUCACGUGCAAUUAUCCAUCUGAUCCAACUGUUGCAUUGGGGUGUCUUUCGGUAAUAUUUCUUAUUGCCUCCACUGUUGUUGGGUAUCUAUCUUUGUUUUACCCUUACAAAGGAAAGGUUGUUCCACAAGGGGUUUUGUUAAAACACACUUCUUUCACAGCAUUCUUCAACAUUGCGUUGUUUACUGCUGGAUUAGCUGCAAUGUUCUUGUUAUGGCCAAUAAUCACCGAACAGAUUCACUUGACAAGCAAUGUGCAUCUUGAUGUCAACUACGAAUGCCCUACAGCUAAAACCGGUCUCUUGGGAGGUGGUGCUUUUUUAUCUCUUGAUUCAUCUCUCUUUUGGUUGGUUGCGCUUAUGCUAGCAGAUAAUGCUCGGGAGGAUUAUUUUGAAGAACAAGAAGAAGGAAAUAAGGGUGAAUCUAAUUCUGAUGUUGGAGUUAUGUAAGCAACUCAAGUUAGUCGAACUUGAACCAAUAUGUUUGCAUCAGUAGUUCGGUACUUUUGUAAGUUACUUUUAAUGCAUGGUGCCAACAAUUAACUGAAAUUUAAAUGUAAAUAUAUUUAAAUGGUUCUCUAAGCACGUUUAUUGUGCUUCAGUUACAUAGUUGUUUUAAAAAAAAAAUUUAAAGAUUCCUUAUCGAUGAA